AUGGAGUCCACUGCCAAGGCGGUCAACGCCGCGCUCGACGCCGCGGUCCCCGAGAAGUACCCGGAGACCCUGAACGAGGGCAUGCGCUACUCGCUGCUCGCCGGCGGCAAGCGCGUGCGCCCGGCGCUGUGCCUCGCGGCGGCGGAGAUGGUGGGCGGCAGCGCGGCGGCGGCGAUGCCGACGGCGUGCGCCAUGGAGAUGAUCCACACGAUGAGCCUCAUCCACGACGACCUGCCGGCGAUGGACAAUGACGACUUCAGGCGCGGGCGGCCAACCAACCACAAGGUGUAUGGCGAGAACAUGGCCAUCCUGGCGGGCGACGCGAUGCUGGCCUACGCCUUUGAGCACAUCGCGCGCGCCACCCAGGGCGUCCCCGCGGACCGCGUGCUGCGGGUGAUUGUGGAGCUGGGGCGCGCCAGCGGCGCGGACGGGCUGGUGGGCGGGCAGGUGGUGGACAUCCAGUCGGAGGGCAAGGAGGGGGGGGGGUGGAGGGGCUGA